GGAGGGAGACCCUGGGUUUGGAGUGGGAAGUGAGGUGUGGGAAGUCCGUCGCUUUCUGAUGAAUUCAUUGGCCGCUGGAGACCAGUACUUGAACCUUGAACUCCCGUCUCAGGCGGACUGGUUGGUACAUCUGUCGGCCACGCGUACAGGUAAUCAAGAGUGCAGAGAAAUUGAAUCGCCUUGUCGCAGUGUUUGGACAACUUGCAAAGCUUCGGCUGAAACACAGCAUUUCAGGAAAAAUUGAACUGUAAGGCAGGAAUAUGCAACCCAUGGCCCGCGGGGCUACAUGCAAUCCAGGAUGGCUAUGAAUGCGGCCCAACACAAAAUCGAGAUUUAAGUCUCAAUAAUGGGAAGAACCUACAUUGUAGAAGAGACUGUUGGCCAAUAUCUUUCAAACCUCAAUCUCCAUGGAAAGUCUUUUGUCUCUGGUCUUUUGAUAGGACAGUGUUCUUCACAGAAGGAUUAUGUGAUUCUUGCCACUAGAACACCACCCAAGGAGGAAAAAAAUGAGAACCUCAGACAUCCCAAAGAUAAGUUGGAUAACUUGGACGAAGAAUGGGCCACAGAGCAUGCUACCCAGGUAUCCAGAAUGCUACCUGGGGGACUUCUAGUUCUUGGAGUAUUUAUUAUUACAACUUUAGAAAUGGGAAAUGAUUUUCAAAACACUCUGCGCAGACUAGUAUUUGCUGUGGAAAAAUCGAUGAACAAAAAAAGACUAUGGAAUUUCACAGAGGAGGAAGUCUCAGAUCGUGUGGCACUUCACCUUUGCUCUUCUACAAAGAAAAUAUCUUGUCGAACUUACGAUAUCCAUGAUCCAAAGAGUUCAGCAAAACCAGCGGAUUGGAAGUAUCAGAAUGGACUCUCAAGUUCAUGGCAUUCUUUAGAAUGUACAGUUCAUGUUAAUAUUCACAUCCCACUGUCUACUACUUCUGUCAGCUACACUCUGGAGAAAAAUACAAAGAAUGGACUUGCACGCUGGGCCAAGCAAAUAGAAGAUGGUGUUUAUUUGAUUAAUGGACAAGUGAAAGCUGAAGAUUGUGACCUGGUAGAAGGACAGAAAAAAUCUUUUAGAGGAAAUGCUCAAGCAAUCGGUCAUUCUUUUGAUGUCAGAGUGCUAACACAGUUGCUUUUGCCGUCUGACCACAGGUCCACAGCCACCGUCCAGGUCUGCAGCGGCUCGAUAAACCUGAAGGGCAUGGUGCAGAGCAGAGCAUACGUUCAUGGCCAUAAACCCAAGGUCAAAGAUGCUGUGCAGGCAGUGAAGAGAGAUAUAUUGAAUACAGUUGCUGAUCGUUGUGAAAUACUAUUUGAGGAUCUGCUUUUGAAUGAGACUCCAGAAAAAAAAGAUUCUGAAAAGGAGUUUCACAUCCUUCCUCACCGAGUUUUUGUCCCCAUUCUGGGAUCCGCAGUAAGGUUAUGUGAUUAUAAAUUUGACGAUGAGUCAGCUGAGGAAAUCAGAGACCAUUUUAUAGAGAUGUUAGAUCAUAGGAUUCAAAUAGAAGAUUUGGAAAUUGCAGAGGAAAUAAACACAGCUUGUAUAACUUCCUCUAUGAAUACUGAAGCUUCAUUGGACAGCACAGAUGAUGAACAACCAAAAGAACCAAUUAAAACUGCAAUAGUAUUGAAAAUUCAGCAAAACAUAGAUGUGGUUGCAGCAUUUGCAGUUGCAAUCUUCGCUGCGGUUAUCUCCUUUCAAUACUUCAGUGAUUAAUCAGGGUGAAGCACAAAGAGCUUCCUGAUCAUCCAGAGAACGCUGUCCAGCAAUUAUGAAUAAUAAAGAUGCCACCAAGCCAUUUGCAAUUAAGACAAUAGCAGCCAGAUCUGUUGCCAAACGCCUGUUAGGUGUGUUUCUAACUUAAUGUGAAAUCACCAGCUGCCUUGUUUAGCCCUGCUUCUAUCUGCUCAGGCUUACAAAAAUAAAGUUAUUUAUCUAGAUGGAACUAGAUGGAAGCUGCAUGUAACAAGUUGUUAUUAUUGUAUUUUUUUAAAUGCCCAAAAUGAUCAUUUAUUUUCGCAGAUUUUAGUCCUCUUGAUAUGUAUCACAUAUUCGUUAGGACAUUGAAAAUUUGAAUAGUCAGGGUUGGCUGAGGAUCUUAGUGAUAGAACAAUAGGAGAAAUUUCUUCCAAGUGGGAUAACACCUUACUAGGUGAGUUCAUACCGUAGGACCCUUCUAAUGUAUACCCAGUUCCAAAGUACCAAUCAAGUCCUGAUCAAAGUGAGAGCUUUCCAGGUUUGAAUUAGUAAGGAUUAUCGUAAAUCAUGUGCUUUCUCACAUUUGUUAUGUUAAAUAAGCCUUUUUCUUCCAGCAGUACCUAAGCCUAGGUAUUGUAAAACACCUAGAUCUUGAAUAAAAGUUUACCUUUGAAUGCAUCAGUAGGCUCAGAGAAAAUAGAGGAAAUCUCCAAGAACCAUGCCUUUAUUUUUCUUUCCCUACAAAAAUGAACACAUUUUGAGUUGGGAGUUGUGCAUACUGUGUUAAGCAGACAGGUGGCCUGUGGUUGCUGGGAUGGCAGAAACCAACUGCAGCACUGCUUUGGGCAGUUUACCUUAGGCCAGAAACACAGAGAUUAACCCAAGUCUGAGAUGCUACCCUGGCCAGGACAGUGGAAGUGGCCCUGAGUUUGGCAGAAGCAGGAUACAGGCCUAGGAUUCUCAUAGAAUGAGAUAAAGCAGUGUUUUCAUGGCGAGAUCACCAGGCACAAGUUGAAGCUAGUUAGCAUGAGAAAGAACCUAUAGAAAUAACCAACUAUGGGUUAAAUUCCCUAAGGUCUCAUCACCAACAUACAGGAAGGAUGGAACCACAGGCAGAUAUGCAAAAUAAAACAAAUGGAACUGCUAAAACUGCGAAAUGUUACUUGAAAUUAAAAAACAAAAAAUCUUAAGCAUGUUGAAUAUUAUAUUAGGCUGAGAUGAAAAGACAAUGAAUAAACUGGAAGCUAAAGCUAAGGAAAUGACCCAGUGCACAACAGGGAGAAAUGAGCUGCUGGAAGAUACAAACACUAAGAGGUAUGGAGGGAAGAAUUGUAAAGACUAGAAGCACCAGGGAGAGAAGACUAGAGGAUGGAGGAGUGAUAAUAUUUGAAGAAAUAAAAAGUUCCCACAUUGGCUGGAAAAACAUGAGUUCCUAAAUUCAGGAAAGCACAGUGUAUCCCACGCAUAUAUAGAUAAAGUUCAUGCCUAAAGCCAAUGUCACGUAAUUGCAAGAUACCAAACACAAGAUUUUAAAAACAAUCAAAGGAAGAAAAAGAUUAAU